AUGGCACCGGAAAAGGCCCCUCAGAAGUUUUCGCGGUCAUGGGAUGCGCUCACGCCGCCUCUUGCCGACUUCAUCCUAGAAGCAGUGGCGUCGAUGGGUUUCAAUGAGCUCACACCAGUACAAGCCGCAACAUUACCACUGUUCCGAGGCAACAAGGACGUAGUGGUCGAGGCUGUGACGGGCAGUGGCAAGACCUUGGCUUAUCUCAUCCCGAUUAUAGACAAAAUUCUUAGGCGAGAUGAUGUCCUCAAACGACAUCAUGUUGGCGCCGUCAUCGUCUCUCCUACCCGAGAGCUGGCAACUCAAAUUCACAGUGUUUUAACAUCAUUGUUAUCCUUCCAUGCACCGUCAGCUGAAUUUUCGUCAUUCCUCAAGGGAGACGAAAAAAGGCCUGACACGACAGUUCCAGUGCUCAUUCCACAGCUGCUUGUCGGAGGCACGGUCAAGGUUGCACAAGAUCUGUCGACUUUCCUCCGCCUCAGUCCAAACAUCCUGGUUGGCACUCCCGGCAGACUGGCAGAGCUUCUUUCCUCUCCAUACGUGCACACGCCUCAGUCGUCCUUUGAGGUUCUAGUCCUUGACGAAGCUGAUCGCCUGCUCGACCAAGGAUUCCAGAAAGAGCUGCAACGCAUCUUGGGCUUCUUGCCUAAGCAGAGGAGAACCGGACUGUUCAGUGCGAGUGUCUCGGAUGCGGUUGGCGAGCUUGUGCGUGCCGGGUUGCGAAACCCGCAGCGCAUUGCUGUCACUGUCAAGCGGCUCACGGAUGGCGGCGUCAUCGAAGACAGGAAGACACCUGCGAGCUUGCAGAUGUCGUAUCUCACAGUACCUGCCAGUCAGAAAUGGCCGGCGUUGAUUCAAUUUCUCAAAAAGGUGGAGCCGACACCGUUGAGGACGAUAAUAUUCGUGUCGUCAUGUUUUGCUGUAAAAUACUUUCAUGCUGUCAUCACAUCAUUACUUCCUAAGGACGUUUCAUUAAUUCCUUUACAUGGAAAGCAAGAACCUCACGUGAGGGAAAAAUGCUUUGAGCGAUUUGUUGGAUCGUCGAGUCCAUCGGUUCUCCUCACUACAGAUGUUGCCGCACGUGGCCUUGAUAUCCCACAAGUUGAUGUCGUUUUUCAGCUUGACCCACCGUCAGACCCCAAGACAUUCGUCCAUAGAGCUGGUCGAGCAGGGCGAGCAGGUCGUAGGGGCCUCGCAGUGGCCCUACUCCUUCCUGGGCGCGAGCAGGACUACGUUGGAUUCUUGGAGGUUCGCAAGACACCCAUCACACCGCUUACCAAUCCCGAAAUCAAGGUUUCAGAUGAAGAAGUGGCUACCUUUGCCGCAAAGGUCCGAAAACAAGCGAUUGCAGAUAGAGAAGUGUUUCAGCUAUCACAAAGGGCGUUUGUGUCGUGGGCCAGGAGUUAUAUUGAGCACAAGGCCACUAGUAUAUUCAGAAUCACCGACGUUGACUGGGUCGAUACGGCUCAAGGGUGGGGUCUGGUGACCCUACCAAAGAUGCCUGAGCUAAAAGGAUCCGGGAUAGACCGCAGUCUUGGUCACGGUAUAGACGUUGAAAGCAUCCCGUUCAAAGAUAAGGCCAAAGAGAAGAAGCGACAGGAGGAAUUAGCCCAGGCUGAGGAGGACAGGAAGAACGGUGUACUCAGUGCCAAGGCCGCUGCGCUCGCCGCUAAGAGGAAAAAGAACGAGGCCUGGAGUGGAAGGCAAGGGCAAGAAGAUAGCAGGGUGGAACGGAGGGAAAGGAAGCAGCGGAAGAGGGAGGCCGUGAAGGUGUCCAAGAUGACCGAUGAAGAAAAGGCAGAGCAGAAGAGACUCGAGGACAUGAUUGCCGAGGUGAGGAGGAGGAAUCAGGAAGCAUCUGCAUUAGCCAGUAAAGAUGGUGAUGAUGAGGAUGGAUUUGAAGGCUUUGAUUAG